AUUGAUCAUCAACUCACGUACUUCGAUUCGGGACACGUCGACCACAUACGCUCGUUAACUCAAAAUGCUCUUGCUCAGUUCCUUGUUGCUUCUGGCCGCGUCGGCGCGGGCGUCGCUGCUUACUUUGAAUGCCCCCAAAGUCUCUACAUUCGAUUCCACGGGUGCAAGUCUCCGUACUGAGCUUCUGAAGGUCAACGAGGCCGUCGGAACGCCACUCUCUCUUGGACCCAAGGAUCGUCUUAAACUUACUUUCCAAGUCACGGAGGAAGGCUCCAAGGACAAAGGCGUGCAACCGCUACAGACCUUCCUUCGUUUCUACGACCCAAAGUCUGGCGAGGAAGGAAUCCAACCGCUUCGCGUAACCCCGUCUGGGAAGGUCAAGUUCGAGCUGGACAUGUCGAAACCACCUCUCUCCAUCCCACCCACCACAAGUUCGCCGAUAGAGGUUACUUUGAUCCUCGGCGCGGCGAAAUACUCACCGGCAACGAUGCAUUUGUUUGAUCUGACUCUGCCUGAGUCGGGUGCUCCAAUCCAUCCGGAAGAGCCGACUUUCCACUUGCUUCCGGUCAUCGAGCACAGUUUCCGCCCGCCACAAAAGGUCCCGCCUCGCCCGGUGUCUGCUCUCUUCGCCAUCCUGACGCUUUCUCCUUGGGCCGUCCUGCUUGGACUGUGGAGCCAAGUCUUCCCCGGUGCACCGUAUCUGCUCUCUCCCACCAUCUUGCCUUUCAUCGCAACGCUUGGUGCAUUUGAGGUGCUCCUGGUCUACUACUGGAUCGAUCUCAAGCUGGGUCAAGUGCUGUUGUACGGUGCCGUUCUCGGAGUCGUCACUCUGUUUACCGGAAACACCGCUCUGUCCACCAUCGGUGCUCGGCGGCUGGGCCACAAAUGAGACUUGUAUUCGUCCCCAAUCUAAACAGAUUCUGACAGACUACUCGAGCACCUUUCCUGGGUUCAUGAUAUUUUUCGGAUCGAAAAGCUGUUUGAUUUUCCUCAUCCAUGCGAUGCUCGUUUCGUCCUUCGAG